GUCUGGGCACCCCCCGGGGAAGGACCCUACCCAGAGCGGCAGUGCGGAAGGCCAGGGGAGAUGGCGUUUGGAGGGAAGGCCAUGUCCAGUCUGAAGGUGCUCCCACUUCUGCUCUUAUUCCACACGCAGCUUUUCAAGGCCUUUCCAGUAUCUUCUCAACCCAAAGGAGAAAAAAAUAUAGAAGUUGUUCAGAAUUACCUGGAGAAGUUCUACCAGUUACCCAAGGACAUCUAUCAGUCUGAAAGGAAGAGCAGUGCCAGUGUGAUUGUUGAAAAGCUUAAGGAAAUGCAGCAAUUCUUCGGGUUGACCGUGACGGGGAAGCCCAAUGCGGAAACUCUGGAGAUGAUGCAAAAGCCUCGCUGUGGCGUGCCCGACACUGGUGAAUUUAUGUUGACCCCAGGAUACCCCAGGUGGAAACACACUAACCUGACCUACAGGAUUAUUAACUACACCCCACAAUUGUCAGAGGCUGAUGUGGAAGCAGCUAUUAAGAAAGCCUUUCAAGUCUGGAGUGACGUAUCACCCCUGAGCUUCAGCAAGGCCUCGCAGGGAGAAGCAGACAUCAACAUUGCCUUUGUCCAAGGAGCUCAUGGUGACAACUCUCCGUUUGAUGGGCCCAAUGGAAUCCUUGCCCAUGCCUUCCAGCCAGGCCAAGGUAUUGGAGGAGAUGCUCAUUUUGAUGCAGAAGAAACAUGGACCAAAACCUCUGAAAAUUACAACUUGUUUCUUGUUGCUGCCCACGAAUUUGGCCAUUCCUUGGGGCUCUCUCACUCUUCUGACCCCGGUGCCCUGAUGUAUCCCAACUACGCCUUCAGCGAAACCAGCACCUACUUGCUCCCUCAAGAUGACAUCAAUGGCAUUCAGGCCAUCUAUGGACCUUCAGACAACCCUAUCCAACCAACGGGACCAAGCACACCCACCGCCUGUGACCCCCGCCUGACAUUUGAUGCUAUCACCACACUCCGUGGAGAAAUACUGUUCUUUAAAGACAAAUACUUCUGGAGAAGGCACCCUCAGCUACGAAGAGUUGAACUCAAUUUUAUUUCCCUAUUCUGGCCAUCCCUGCCAACUGGUAUACAGGCUGCUUAUGAGGAUUCUGACAGGGACCUAGUUUUCCUAUUUAAAGGCAACCAGUACUGGGCUCUAAAUGGCUAUGACAUUCAGCAAGGUUAUCCCAAGGAUAUAUCAAAUUACGGGUUCCCAAGCAAUGUUCAAGCAAUUGAUGCAGCUGUUUCCUACAGGACAAAAACAUACUUCUUUGUGAAUAACCAGUUCUGGAGAUAUGAUAAUGAAAGACAAUCCAUGGAACCAGGUUAUCCCAAAAGCAUAGCAAGUACCUUUCAAGGAAUAGACAGUAGAGUUGAUGCAGUUUUCCAGGAGAAUGAUUUCUUCCUUUUCUUCAGUGGACCAAGAUAUUAUGCAUUUAAUCUUAAUGGUCGUAGAGUCACUAGGGUUGACAGAAGCAUUCGAUGGCUCAAUUGUAGAUAAAGUUGAAGCAAAAUCAAAUGUGUUUGUAUCCAUUUUCUGAAUAUGAAAGGGAAGUCUAAUUUGCAUAUCCAUGGUGUGUCCUAUUAUACUUUUCUCAAUAGUAAAUAAUGCUGUUUGGUAUCACUCUAUUCCUUGGACUUGUCUUCUGUGAAAAUAUGUUUAUGUAUUCAGCUGUUUGCAGAUUCUGAUUUAGUUCCUUCAUAUUCCAUCUCAGGUUAGUGAACCCAUCUCGAGAGAAAAGGGUUAAGACCUCUUUGUCACCCAGAAGAUAAGCAACUAUUUCAUCACUUGCUUAUCUGACUUGUAAAUGCAUAUAUAUUCCUAAAUCUCUUUAAACAUGUCUUAAGUGUACUGCUACAUGCAAUUUAGCACUGGGUUUUGGCUAGACAGUACCCCUUGCUUCUAUUGAAAAUGUGGUGCUAUUUUCCAAUCUUGGAAAUAAAUAUUGUUGAUACAUGUGGGUUGAAUUGUGUCCCCCCCACCCCCUCCCCAAAAAAAUACAUGUUUAAGUCCAAACCCUAGGUAUCUAUGAAUGUACCUUAUUUGGAAUUAGCCUUUGCAAAUGUAAUGACUUAAGAUGAGUUUAUACUGGACUAGGUGUCCUUAUGAGAAGAGGAGAGACAUAAAUACACAGAGGAGAAGGCGUGUGAAGAUAGAGGUGAGAUUGGAGCAAUGCAUGUACAUGCCAGGAACUGCCAGAAUCCACCAGAAGCUAGAAAGAGGCAAGGAAGGAUCCUCUUUAGAGCCUUCGGAGAGAACAUGACCCCGCCCCCAACACCUUGAUUUUAGACCUCUAGCCUCUAGAACUCUGAUAGAAUACACUUCUGUUGUUUUAAGCUACCAAGUCUUGGUACUUUGUUAUGGUAGCCCUAGGAAGCUUAUACAGUAUACCUGCACUUAAGGAAAUGAAUCAGCAGAUAAUGACAAAGUUGAACCCCCAGAAAGGACUAUUGGCAUCUUCGGGGGAACGAGGGGUGGCAGCAAAAGGUACCACUUCAUCUCCUGCUUCCUCCCACUCUCUCCUUCUACAGUCCAAGCAAAUGGGCUCAUUGAAACUGUAGCUCUUUAUUUCUUUUAUUCCUGGUAUACUCAGGAGGACACCCUCUACAGAUAAUUGGGGUUUACUGUACAAACAAUGCUGAGCACAAAAUUCAAUAAAUCUCAUUAAAUUGA